ACAGAUCUCCAUACAAGACCACAGGGUGCUCUGGUCUCUGUGAGUUUGCCUCUGAAGCCCAGGAGGGUGGGAGGACUUUCUACACCCCAUCACAGAUUGAAAGUUCCUGUCAUCUUUUUUUUUUUUUUUUUUUUUAAACUGCCCGUAUCUGCAUCUGCCAUCUUACUCUGUCUAUAUUUCUCAAUCUCCUGUUUUUCCUAAACAUCGUUUCUUUAAUCAAAGUCAGAGUCCAAGUUAUUUGCACAAAUAUGAUCUACACCAGUUUGCAGCACACUGAAGAACCUCAGCGUUGGAUUUAAAACAUCCAAACUACCUUUUGGUGGAGCUUUCACUUGUGACUUUUAUUUUCAAAAGUUUACACUCCCCUUUAAGCUGACAGAGAGUCCCUGUUGAAGUCAUGUCCUCAGUUGCAGCCCAUGAAAAACCCUCCACCAACACCAUGGGACCUAAAGAGGUGGAGCUGAUCCUUGUAAAGGAGCAGAAUGGGGUUCAGUUUACUUCUACCACCUUAGUGGCUCCGGCCCCAUCUCAGACCAACCCCAGCGGUGAGGGGGAAAGGGAGACCUGGGGGAAGAAGAUUGACUUUCUCCUGUCCGUGAUAGGAUUUGCUGUGGAUCUUGCAAAUGUAUGGAGAUUCCCUUACCUCUGCUACAAGAACGGAGGAGGUGCGUUCCUGGUGCCGUACCUUUUCUUCAUGGUGAUAGCAGGAAUGCCUCUUUUCUACAUGGAGUUGGCUCUGGGACAGUAUAACAGGGAAGGUGCAGCAGGUGUCUGGAAGAUAUGUCCCAUAUUUAAAGGUGUAGGCUUUACGGUGAUCCUCAUUUCCCUUUAUGUUGGCUUCUACUAUAACGUCAUUAUCUCCUGGGCGCUGUUCUACCUCUUCUCCUCAUUCACCCGCGAACUACCCUGGGUCCAUUGCAACAACACCUGGAACAGUGCAAACUGCUCAGACUGGGCUGACAACAGCUCAAUCGGUGACAUUUACAAAGCCACUCCAGCUCAGGAGUACUUUGAACGAGGGGUCCUCCAUAUUCAGGACAGUAAUGGUAUUGAUGACCUGGGCCGUCCACGCUGGCAGCUCACUUCCUGUUUGGCUGUGGUGAUUGUUUUACUCUACUUUAGUCUCUGGAAGGGAGUCAAGACCUCUGGCAAGGUUGUGUGGAUCACAGCCACCAUGCCCUAUGUGGUCUUGACUGUGCUGCUGCUCCGUGGAGUCACUCUGCCUGGAGCUAUCGAUGGCAUUAAAGCGUACCUCUCAGUGGACUUCCUGAGACUCUGUGAUGCCAAGGUCUGGAUUGAGGCAGCAACGCAGAUCUGUUUCUCGCUGGGAGUGGGGUUUGGUGUGCUAAUUGCCUUUUCCAGCUACAACAAAUUCAGCAACAACUGCUACAGAGAUGCCAUCAUAACCAGCUCCAUCAAUUCUUUAACCAGCUUCUUCUCUGGCUUUGUGGUCUUCUCCUUCCUUGGUUACAUGUCCCAUAAGCACAACGUGGCUCUCGAUAAAGUUGCCAGAGAUGGCGCUGGGUUGGUGUUUGUCAUUUAUCCCGAAGCUAUUGCAACAUUGCCCGGAUCAUCAGUGUGGGCAGUCAUUUUUUUCAUCAUGCUGCUGACACUGGGAAUAGACAGUGCUAUGGGUGGAAUGGAGUCGGUGAUCACAGGGCUAAUUGAUGAAUUCAAAUUUCUUCACAAACACAGAGAGCUGUUCACUCUCUUCAUUGUUGUUUCCACGUUUCUCAUAUCUCUCUUCUGCGUCACAAAUGGAGGAAUGUAUGUGUUCACUCUGCUGGAUCAUUUUGCAGCAGGAACAUCGAUUCUCUUUGGAGUGCUUAUUGAAGCCAUCGGCAUUGCAUGGUUCUAUGGAGUGGAUCGUUUCAGUGAUGAUGUUGAGGAGAUGAUUGGCCAGCGACCAGGCUGGUACUGGAGGCUGUGCUGGAAGUUUGUCAGUCCCUGCUUCCUCCUGUUUAUGGUUGUGGUUAGCUUUGCCACGUUUAACCCCCCGAACUACGGCUCCUACACGUUUCCUCCAUGGGCUAACUUGCUAGGGUGGUGUCUGGCCAUGUCUUCAAUGACCAUGGUGCCUCUCUACGCCAUCUACAAACUCUGCACACUGCCUGGGAAGUUUUGCAAUAGACUGGCUUAUGCCAUCACCCCUGAGACAGAGCAUCAUCUGGUAGACAAUGGGGAGGUUCGGCAGUUCACUUUGCAUCAUUGGCUGGUGGUCUGAGAGCUACAGAGAGUGAGAUGGAAAGAGUGAAAGAGAUGUAAAGAAUGACAAAAUGGAUGCUGGGUGGAUGCAGGCAUGCACAACAAAGGUCUGAAGAGCUAAUCAGAAGAAAGCCAUUUAAAUAAUUCACAAUGACAGUGGUGGUUGGAGAAGCUUUAAAGUGCCAACAAAAAAACAAAAAAAAAAACAAAAAAAAAAAGAAGAAAAAUUAACAGAAAUUGUAGUGUUAUAUUUUACAGUGGAUGUGUGAAGCUGUGCAUUGGCCCUCUCCACCGUUUGCUGGUGAAUGGGAUUCAGUCAAACAGUUCAUGUGGUGUUCCACCAAAACAUGCUAGUUUAUGCUUCCUAGAUAUCAGUGUAAGAAAUAUUUCUUAGAUUUUCUUGCAUUGUGCAUUUGCAACAAUGAUCAGUAAAAGCCACAAGUGAGACAAUACAGUGAAUUGAUGUGGCAGAUGAAAAUAAAUAAAUAAACAUGGGGGGAAAAAUACACAAUUUACUACAGUACAAUGAUAUUGUGGUGCUAGAGUUUUGUGUUUUUUCUUUUGUCUGUUAAAAAAAAUCAUUGGUAGCCUUUAUUUGUUAUUGUUUUCAUAGUCUGGGUCAGUAUUAUGCUGUCAGAAAUUAUUACAGUGAAAAAAAAUACCACGUUUUACUGAAUCCCACUUCAUAUCAGGUCAGUUUGGUUAUUUCUUUUUAAAGACUGUUAUAAUGUUAUUGCACUGUCAAAAUACCUGCAAAACACCUAAAACAUUUUGUUUACAUCAAAAUAGCUUACCUUUUUCCUCACUGAUUCAGCAAAAAUCCAUAGAACUGACUGAAAAUAAAUGUUUUAUCAAAGAAACAGAUGAAUAUCGUGCAAAACUGAUGACAGAUGUUUUAUUUUAAACCUAUCCACCAUGUUUUAAAUGACACUGUAAGCACACAGGUGAUUGGACAUCUAAAAUAUGCUAAAAUUAUUCUAAUAAUUAUCAAUAACAGUUGCCACUGUUGUCACAUCAGCCUAAAAUGUAGACUAAGACUUAUUCUAAAUUUUCUUAGAGGGAUAACUCCUUAGCCCUCAAAAGGUCAUUAUAAGAAUGUUUUAAGGACUACAUCAGCAAUAACUUGCAACACAUUUGAAUUACACUACAAUUACUCCCUGGAAGAAAAAAAUCCUUUAUCCCAGUGAAGUUCUGGAGUCCUGGAAGAAUUCAAAUGAAAAUAAAAUAAAUAAAAAUAAAUAAAUAAAGGUCUAUCUGCAUUAUGAUAGCAUAGC